AUGCUCACAUCUGCUCGUCGGCUGGGUGUCCGCCGUGCGUUGGCCUUGCGUGCCGCUCAACAUGGCCAGCCCAUGAGGAGGCAGUCGUUUGGCUAUGGCGACCCUUCUCCCCCAAACAUGCCUGGCAUCGGAGGUGAGCAUCAGCUGCACCCUCCAGAGACAAUGCAGACCACUGCGAAGUACUUUGCAGACAACAUGACCAAUGUCCCGAAGUACAAGGAAAUCAUUGAGGGAAUCGGCUAUCCUGGACAGAAGCAUUCGGCCGGAGGCCUAUGCACUCUCGGCCGGAUCUACUACGGCCCUGGCCGUUGCCGUCUCGGAUUUCUACAGAUAUCCGUUUGUGCCCGGUAG